AGAUCGCCAUCUGCCCCAACAACCACGAGGUCCAUAUCUAUGAGAAGAGCGGGGCCAAGUGGACCAAAGUGCACGAGCUCAAGGAGCACAACGGGCAGGUGACAGGCAUCGACUGGGCCCCUGAGAGUAACCGCAUCGUGACCUGCGGCACCGACCGCAACGCCUACGUGUGGACGCUGAAGGGACGCACGUGGAAACCCACGCUGGUCAUCCUGCGCAUCAACCGCGCCGCGCGCUGCGUGCGCUGGGCCCCCAACGAGAACAAGUUCGCCGUGGGCAGCGGCUCCCGCGUCAUCUCCAUCUGCUACUUCGAGCAGGAGAAUGACUGGUGGGUGUGCAAACACAUCAAGAAGCCGAUCCGCUCCACCGUUCUCAGCCUGGACUGGCACCCCAACAAUGUGCUCCUGGCCGCCGGUUCCUGUGAUUUCAAGUGCAGGAUCUUCUCAGCCUACAUCAAGGAGGUGGAGGAGCGGCCGGCCCCCACCCCGUGGGGCUCCAAGAUGCCCUUCGGGGAGCUCAUGUUCGAGUCCAGCAGCAGCUGCGGCUGGGUGCACGGGGUCUGCUUUUCAGCCGGCGGGAGCCGUGUGGCCUGGGUCAGCCACGACAGCACCUUGUGCCUGGCCGAUGCGGACAAGAAGAUGGCGGUCGCCACCCUAGCCUCUGAAACGCUACCGCUGCUGGCCGUCACCUUCAUCACUGAGAACAGCCUGGUGGCAGCGGGCCACGACUGCUUCCCGGUGCUGUUCACCUACGACGGCGCGGCGGGGACGCUGAGCUUCGGUGGGCGGCUGGAUGUGCCCAAGCAGAGCUCGCAGCGCGGCCUGACGGCCCGAGAACGCUUCCAGAACCUCGACAAGAAGGCGAGCUCCGAGGGCGGCGCGGCGGCGGGCGCGGGGCUGGACUCGCUGCACAAGAACAGCGUCAGCCAGAUCUCGGUGCUGAGCGGGGGCAAGGCCAGGUGCUCGCAGUUCUGCACCACGGGCAUGGACGGCGGCAUGAGCAUCUGGGACGUGAAGGGCCUGGAGUCCGCCUUGAAGGACCUGAAGAUCAAGUGAGCGCAGGAGCUGCUGGGAGGCGGGGGCGCGGAGGGGGCGCCCCACCUCUUCCAGGGAAUGUGCCUUUUUCUUCAGUGCUUUCAUUUACCCAAAAAAAAUGUCCCCAAAGCACAGUGCUGGUCAUGAACUGCUUCAGAACCGGAGGUCAUAAAGACACCUCUGUCUGGAAGGAGACCUUG